GUAAUUUGAUGGCGAAUUUGAGCGCAACUCAACUCAAUCUGUACUCGACUUUCUCUCUCCAUGUAAUCCCCAAACGCUAUAGUUUUCCAAACACUCCAUUCAAUAGAGAAUUGUAUACUUUAUAUACAGUUAUAUACAGUAGUGUUGAAUAGGAUAUAUUAUAUGCAUUGGGAAACACAGCCAUCAUCUUUUGCCACACAAUUAUAUUUCAUGAUUAGAAAUGAGUGCGAAAAACAGUUUUAUAUAACGAGUGUUUUUAUAUACAAUUAAUUAUGUUGUCAUCGAUUCCAAUGUCAAAGCCGUCAAAAUCAUAGGAAGCGAUGAUUUAUUCAAAUGUUGUUAGCAUUGCAUAAAUCAUAUCAUUGAAGAAUAUUGUGGUCCGGAAUUGACACAUAUUUCAACAAUGUCUGAAUCUCUGUCAUCGGAGAAGGAAUAUAAAGAAAAGCUGCUCCGUAUGGUUAAACGAGAGGUCAAGCAGAUAAUGGAAGAGGCGGUCACUCGUAAGUUUGUUCACGAAGAGAGCAGUUCCAUCACAUCCCUAUGCGGUAAGCAUUUAAGCGUUCACUAUAUU